AUGCCUCCUCCGCCGGCCCCGCCCCCGACGGAGGCAGCGUCGCCGCAAGAUCCUUUCGACGAAAAGCUGUCUGCCAACACGAGCAACACUCUAUACCGCCCACCCCAAGACCAUUCCGCCAUCUCUAUCACUGGUACCCGAGACCAGGACACGCUUCUUUUCGAUGAAGUCGAGCUGCAGCGAGCAGAAAGGCUUGUGUCCACGCGUGAGCAUGAGCUGACGGCCAAAGGCACCAAGCUUCGGACACAGCAGGUGGUGCACGAGGAUAGUGACGAUGAUUUCGCCCCUCCAGAGACGCGAACGCGGGCACAAGAUCCUCAACAGCCCGACACCCCCAUUUACCGUUUCUGGCUCCGUGUCAAGAAAUUCCCUCGAUUUAUCCGCUACUUCCUCUAUCUCAUCCCAGGUGCUCUGUUGCUUCUGAUCCCUGUACUGAUAGGGUACUUCGUUGACACUUCCGGCAUCAACCCUGUUGGCGGAGACGGUGGCGUAGACGUCAUGUGGUUUGGCAUCUGGCUAGAGAUCGUCUGGUGCAGCCUCUGGGUCUCUCGCAUGAUCACAAGCGUCGUGCCUUGGAUCUUCAAGGGCGUUGCCAUCCUCGUCGCGUCCAACACUCCUAAGAAGUGGAAGGAUGUUGGCCAUCGGCUUGAACUGCCCUUUGGCUUGUUUUUAUGGAUGCUGGCCGUCCUUGUUUCGUACCUUCCCACGCUGAAUAACCAUCGGGUUCCCAUCAAAGAUGGCGAUAACGAGCCUGACGUUAAUUGGAUCCCGAUUGUUUACAAGGUAAUCAUCUCUCUUUUUGUCCUAUCGACCCUCAAUUUCGUCGAAAAGGUCCUUAUCCAGUGGAUCGCAACAUCUUUCCACCAACGUACGUAUGCCCUUCGACAAAGCAACAACAAGGGUGCCAUCCAGAUAUUGGCUCGAUUGUACGAGUACUCCAAGAACAAAAUCCCCGACCUCGACGACACGGAUGGACCGAGUGGCACGCGAACCCCGAUGCAGGCUUUUUCGGAAAACGCACGCCAGGCCUGGUCUAAAGUCGGUAUGCUUGCCAACAAGCUCGGAAACGAUUUUAUUGGCCGGAAAGUUCCAGUCAACCAUCCCAGAAAGGUUGUGACGGAACUUCUUCGCGAAUCCAAGUCAGCCCACGUGCUUGCUCGUAUUAUCUACCGAGCUCUCCGUGUUGAAGGAAGGGACAAUGUGUUGGUGGAAGACAUGCAAGUCGUCUUCCCUGACGCGGACGAGGCUGAAGAAGCCUUUGGCAUCUUCGACAGGGACCUUAAUGGGGAUAUCUCAAUGGAGGAGUUUGAGUGUGUGUGCAACGAAAUUCAUCUGGAGCGGAAAGCGAUCGCGGCCUCGAUGAAGGAUCUCGACUCCGUGAUUAAGAAGCUGGACAACGUCUUUGUCUUUGUCAUUAUCGUGGUCGCCAUCAUCAUUCUUAUCUCCAUCAUCUCAGGUUCGGCAGCCUCCGCAUUGGCCUCGGCCGGGACUACUGUUCUCGGCCUGGCGUGGAUGCUCCAAGCCACCGCUCAGGAGUUUUUGCAGUCCAUCAUCUUCGUCUUUGUCAAGCACCCUUUCGAUGUCGGCGACCGUGUGACGAUUUAUGGCAACACGGGUGCGUUGGGUCGUGGCGACGAUUACUACGUGACAACUAUCUCGCUUCUCUACACUGAAUUCAAGAAGAUGGAGGGCCAUAUUGUGCAGGCGCCCAACUCGACGCUCAAUACGCUGUUCAUUCUCAACCACCGCCGUAGCAACGCCCUGGCGGAUCCGAUCGAGCUCAAGAUCCGCUUUGGCACGACGGAGGAGCAGGUGAAUGAGCUCAAGGCGAGAAUGGUGCAGUUUUGCUUGGCCAACAAGCGCGAUUACCACGCCAGAAUCUUGACCGAGGUUAGAACACUCGACGAGUUGCGCUCGGCGACGAUGAACUUCAUCUUUUUCCACAAGAGCAGCUAUCAAAACGAGUUGCUGCGUCUGUCACGACACAACCGUUUUGCGACGGAAUUGAUGGGGCAGAUGAUGGACCUUGGUAUCCAAGGACCGUACAGGAACGAGCCUGGCGGUAGCCGCGAGUUCCCUCUGUAUUGGCAUGGCACAGCUCCUCCGGCCUAUGGCAAUCACGAGAGCCGGAAGGACCAUAUGCACUCGCACGCUCACACGGACCAUCACGGGAUGGAUGAACUUGGGAGGAAUAGUUCAACAACGACGACAGGUCUAUCCCGACUUCGAACCGAGCCCCGCGUUUCGGAGCUUGCCGAGGAGUCGUUUGCGGAUUUCAAGAUGUCUAUUCCACCCGCCGAGAGCUCAACGUUAACCGGAACCGUUCGGUUCGCGACAGCAUCCAUGAGAGACGCAGUAACGAUAUCUCGAUUGCUAGCCCGACGUUGGACCGGACAGGUACGGCUCAAAGCACGUUGA